UCCGCGGUUGCCAUGGUGACGCAUCGGCAGACCUGGCGGUCACGUGGGGUCGCGUGCCGUGGCGCGGUUUCCGGUCACGUGCCGCUGAUUUCCGGCGGGAGCCGGGGCCGGAGGCGGAUUCCCCCUGAGCCGGAUCUGGGGGUGCGCCCCACUCUCACUCCCGUGAUGGCCGCACUGGGCAGCAGCUCCCAGGUGGUCACCGAGUACGUGGUCAGGGUGCCCAAGAACACCCCAAAACGCUACAACAUCAUGGCCUUCAACAGCGCCGACAGAGUGACCCUGAGCACCUGGGCACAGGCGCGCAUGGAGCGGGACAUGAGCAACAAGCGCAUCUACGCCGAGGAGGAGCUGCCCGAGUCCGGCGCCGGCAGCGAGUUCCACCGCAAGCUGCGCGAGGAGGCGCGGAGGAAGAAAUACGGGAUCGUGCUGAAGGAAUUCCGGGCUGAGGACCAGCCCUGGCUGCUGAGAGUCAACGGGAAAACCGGCAGGAAGUUCCGGGGGGUGAAGAAGGGCGGCGUCACGGAGAACGCCUCCUACUACGUGUUCACCCAGUGCCCCGACGGCGCCUUCGAGGCCUUCCCGGUCAGGAACUGGUACAACUUCACCCCCCUGGCCCGGCACCGCACCCUGACAGCCGAGGAGGCCGAGGAGGAGUGGGAGAGGAGGAACAAGGUGCUGAACCACUUCAGCAUCAUGCAGCAGCGGCGCCUGCGGGACCAGGACGAGGAGGAGGAGGACAAGGACAAGGGGAGGAAGGCCCCAGGCAAGGGUGGAGGGCUCCGGAUCCAUGACCUGGAGGAGGAUCUGGAGCUCAGCUCGGAGGAGAGCGAGGGCAGCGAGGCUGAGGGGGAGAAGGCAGCGAGGCCAAAGGCGGCCGGGGGGCGGCCGAGGAAGAAGAAGAGGAAGGGCAGGAAGGGCUCUGAGGACGAAGCCCUUGAGGACAGCGACGACGGCGACUUUGAGGGCCAGGAGGUGGAUUACAUGUCCGAUGGCUCCAGCAGCUCCGGUGAGGAAGAGACCGGCAAAGCCAAAGCGCCCAAGGAGGAGGAGGAAGGCCCGAAAGGCAUCGAUGAGGCGAGCGAGAGCAGUGAGGAGAGCGAGGAGGAGAAGGCAGAGGAGAAGGAGGAGGAAGAGGAGGGAAAAGCGACCCCCACCCCCCAGGAGAAGAAGAAAAAGAGGGAAAGCAGCGAUGAGUCGCAGACAUCGGAGGAGAGCGACAUCGACAGCGAGACGUCCUCGGCGCUGUUCAUGGCGAAGAAGAAAACCCCCCCCAAGCGGGAGCGCAGGGCCUCAGGGAGCAGCUCCAGGGGGGGCUCCCGGCCCGGGACCCCCACGGACUCGGGGGGCACUGGGGGGACCCUCCGGGCUGCGGCUGCCAGGCUGGAGCAAGGCCGCCGGGCAGCCCCAGGGGGGUCGGAGCCCCCUCCCCAGAAGCGGCUGAAGACGGAGCCAGGGCCCCCCUCUGGCAAAUCCACGCCCCAGCCCCACUCCGGGAAAUCGACCCCGAGCAGCGGGGAGGUGCAGCUGACCGAGGAGGCCGUGCGCCGGUACCUGUCCCGCAAGCCGAUGACCACCAAGGACCUGCUCAAGAAGUUCCAGACCAAGCGCACGGGGCUGAGCAGCGACGCCACCGUCAACGCCCUGGCCCAGCUGCUCAAGCGCCUCGACCCCGAGCGCAAACUCAUCGCGGACAAGAUGCACUUCUUCCUCAAGGAGUAGGGACCCCGGAGCCACGGGAGCGCCCCAGAUCCACACAGACCCACCCCAAACCCACAGGGAUCCCCCAGAGCCAUCCCCAGAUUCCUUUAGAGGCAUCUCCUGGACAGGAACCCCAAAAAUCCAGAAGGAUUCCCCCCACAAAUCCCACGGGACCUCCCCAUUUUCCCAACCUCCAGCCACCACUCCAGAUACCCCCCUUUCCCCACAACCUGCCCUCUCAGCCUUCUUCCCAAAUUCUCGUGAACAAACUCAUUGCUUCCCCGCCCCCUCCCCAGGAAUUUGGGGGGCCGUGGAAUUUCCCUGGGAUGGGGAAGGGAAGAUUCCCCCCCACCCUCCGUGUCUUUUUUUGGGCCAGAAUCGGGAUGUUUUGCUAUUUUUAGGCUUUUUUUUCCUCUACUUUGUGCCAGGCCCACACCCC